CUUCUUGUCCUAAAAUGCUGAAGAGAGGAGUGAGUCAUAUGCCCCACCCCUCAAAGGGACUUAGGCGGCUAUCUCUGCUUGGUCAUUCUCAGCUAUGAACCCUCUCCUGGAAUUUGAUGCAUAAGACUAUGGGGUUUUCCAGGGUACGUCUCUCCGAGGGCAUGUCUACACUACAAAAUUAAAUCGACUUAAGUUAGGUCGACCUACAGCCACCACAGCAAUUAAACCGGCUUUUCACAUCCACAUUACACUCCUUCUGUCAGUGGUGCUGGAGCACUCCCGGGGCAGUGGGGCUCCAGCUGUCGGCCCCACACACUCUAGCUGUUAGCCCCGUGUGGCAGGCCUCAGGCUGACAAAGGCAGCAGCAGGUGAUGAAAGCAAAGCAGUGUCGGCAUGAACACUGCAUCAACCUAAAUACAUUGACCUGAGAGAUGCGCCUCUCGCGGAGGUGGAGUUAUUAACUCAGUCUAGUGGGCAACCUACAUCAGUGAGAGCAACAUUUUGGUGUAGAAGCUUACAGAGUUAGGUCAAUGUCAGCUCCUCAUGUUGACCUAACUCUGUUGUGUAGACCAGGCCUCAGUCUCUCCCGUUGAAGCUGUUCCACCAUGCAUAGGCGCUGACUCCAUGGGUGCUCCAGGGCUGCAGCUCCUCUGGCUAGUAGGUAUGUGAUAAAUGAGAUGACCCUGCCCUCCUCCACCGGCUGUGAGGGACAAAGAGCUCUCUCUCCCCUUCUGAAUCCUCCUGGCUGCUCUAAGCAGGAUGGGGGUGGGACUCUGCUACUCUGUCGUCCCCCCUCCCCAGCUUCCAUUUUAUUGGCCCUCCUCCCCCAUGAAUAGUGGGAUUGCAGCUGGGACAGCAGGUGCUGAGUUGGGGUCUCUUGUUGUUUCAGGUGCCAGUGACCUUCAAGGAGGUGGCUGUGUAUUUCACCCAGGGGCAGGGAGCUCUGCUGGACCCUAGUCAGAGAGCCCUCUACAGGGACGUCAUGCAGGAGAAAUAUGAGAUGGUGACCUCGCCAGGGGGUGCUGGGAUGGUGAGUGAGAACGAGGAGGAGAAUCCACAGUGAGAAGGUGGUGAGGACGUGGGUCUGCAGGGAACGGUAUUGGGAAGAUCCGAGGAGAUUUUUUAUGAGAAUCACAAAUGAGGAACAACCCACGGAAAUCAGCCCAGGUUAGAGAGGCCGCUGAGGUAUGACCCAGGGAAGAAAACGUGUGAACCCAUAAAUGAUGGUGAAGAUUGCAAGGACCUCAAGGAAAGCACAGCCCAGCAGAGAAUGCCUAUAAAAGAGAGAAAAUACACAUGCACCGAGUGUGGGAAAAGCUUCAUUCAGAGAUCACACCUUAUUUCACAUCAGAGGAUCCACACGGGGGAGAAACCCUACAAGUGCCUUGUCUGUGGGAAAGGUUUCAAUCAGACCGCAAACCUUAUUUUCCAUCAGAGGAUCCACACGGGAGAGAAACCCUAUAAAUGCCUUGACUGUGGGAAAGGUUUCAAUCAGGGUUCGCAUCUUAUUAGGCAUGAGAGAACCCACACGGGCGAGCAACCUUAUAAAUGCAUGUACUGUGGGAAAGGUUUCAUUCAGAGCUCAGAUCUUAUUAGGCACGAGAGAACCCGCACUGGUGAGAAAUCCUAUAAAUGUCUGGACUGUGGGCAAAGCUUUGUUCUGAGCUCAGAUCUUCUUUCACAUCAGAGUAGCCACACGGGAGAAAAACCCUAUAAGUGCCUGGACUGUGAGGAAUAUUUUAAUCAAAGCUCAUACCUUAUUUCACAUCAGAGAACUCAUACAAGAGAGAGACCAUAUAAGGGCCUGGACUAUGGGAAAAGGUUUAUUGACAACACAGCCCUUAUUAAACAUCACAAAAUCCAUACAGGAGAGAGACCCUAUAAAUGUCUUGACUGUGAGAAAAGUUUCAAUCAGAGUUCACCUCUUAUUCGGCAUAAGAUAACCCACAUAGGGGAGCAGUCCUAUAAAUGCCUAGAAUGUGGGAAAAGUUUCAGUUGGAGAUCAACCUAUAUUCGACAUCAGAGAAUCCACAUGGCGGAGAAACCUUGAAUGUGGGAGAAGCUUCGGCUGGGGUCAGCUUGUAUCAGGCAUCAGCAAACCUAUACAGAGAAUAGACCUGUUAAAUAUCUUUAACAUGGAAAAUGCUUGAAGUGGAAUUGACAGUGGAGACUCCACACAGGAGAGAAAUUCUAUCGAUUCCAUCCCUAGGACUGACAUGAUGUCUUAAAAAAUAAAGCCAAUUGCC